GUCGCUGGGCCCCCGUACGACACUUUGGAGGAGGUGAUUGGGAUCAGGGGGUCGGCCAAUGUAGGGUCACUCAAGGAUUUCGGAGUGACGUACCGAGAAGUUCCGCUUGUAGCAGAUGGUGGCCUUGAUUGGGAUGCUCUUGCUUGCUCCAUCAGGCCGGAAACUGGGUGUGCCUUCAUACAGAGAUCGUGUGGAUAUUCGUGGCGCAAGAGCUUAAGUGUAGCAGAUAUUCACAAAGCUAUAGGUUUGAUCAAGAUGCAAAAUCCAAACUGCAUGGUGAUGGUUGAUAAUUGCUAUGGUGAAUUUGUUGAGAUAUCGGAACCUGCAAUGGUGGGAGCAGACUUGAUUGCUGGAAGUUUGAUAAAGAAUCCAGGUGGAACUAUUGCGCCUUGUGGUGGUUAUGUUGCUGGGAAGGAGCAUUUAGUCGAAGCAGCUGCAGCCCGUCUAUCUGCACCUGGCCUUGGGGUGGAAUUUGGGUCAACACCUGGCCAUGUUAUGCGUGCGCUGUUUCAAGGCCUGUUUCUUGGUCCGCAAAUGGUUGGAGAAGCAGUAAAAGGAGGUUUGCUCAUUGCGGAAGUCAUGUCAGCCAAGGGAUACAAAGUUGAACCACUUCCGAGGGUUCCUCGUCAUGAUAUUGUGCAGGUGAAAUCUAGCCUUAGAUAACUAGCUAGCACGUGUACAUAAACACAAGCAUGACA